UUGACCUUUGAACCCGGCUCUUCCUGCUGCUAACCCUGCAUUCACUCUGCCUCUGCAGCAAGAUGAGCGACUAGCUGCUUUAGAAACGCAUCCAAACGCUCCAGCAACCACAGAAAGUCGCAGCAGCAGCAGUCUGUUUAAAAGGAGCCUUUUCUUCCACUAGUGGUAGCCACUGGCUAACGGUACACCGCCAUCGCUUUCAGCUUCAACGGUAGCCACCCAGCAGAGAUGAAGGACAAACAGAAGAGGAAGAAGGAGCGGACCUGGGCUGAAGCUGCUCGCAUGGUCCUGGAGAACUUCUCUGAUGCACCCAUGACUCCUAAACAAAUCCUCCAUGUCAUCCAGACCAAGGGGCUGAAGGAGAUGAGAAGUGGCACAGCUCCUCUGGCCUGCUUGGUCACCAUGCUGCAUUCUCAAGUCAGGGGGGAUCGGGUGAAGAACAGCAUCUUCUUCAAGCUUCCUGGAAGAAUGAGUCUGUUUACGCUCAAGAAAAACGCCCUCCAGUGGACUAAACCAGCUUCAGAGUCAGAAGCUCCGUCAGAGUCGGCCGGAAACGCCACUUCGAGCAGCAGCAGCACUCCGGUGGCCGGCUCCGCUGCUCCCCAGGUCGACUCCAGCGAAACGGCUGAACAGGAGAGCUGUGACUCCUCAGAGAACGCCGCCGUCAUAGACAACGAUGCAUCAGUGGAUGAGAAUUCGUCCAGCGCCUCCUGCUCCACAGAGCUGCAGGCCCCCAGCAGCCACCCUCAGACACGCCUCAGCAGGGCCGCCGGGCAGCAGGGACGCACAGAUGCUCAGCAGAGCCAGCACGCUCAGACCAGGCUGAGUCGUUCACGACAGUCAGGAAGACAAAGGAAGAAAGCCGUCAUGAUGCCUCGCGUUGUUCUCACUCCUCUUAAAGUCAACGGAGAGCACGUGUCCACAGGUCCCAUGAAAAGAAGUCGUGGAGGCGUAGAUAUAGACUUUGAGACGCCGGGCUCCAUUCUGGUCAACACCAACAUCCGAGCCCUCAUCAAUGUGCGCACCUUCUCAGCUUUCCCCUCACAUUCACAGCAGCAGCUGCUCCAGCUGCUGCCAGAGGUGGAUCGACAGGUUGGACCUGACGGCAUGGCGCGGCUGAGCACGUCCGCGCUGAACAAUGAGUUCUUCACACACGCCUCUCAGAGCUGGAAGGAAAGACUGGCUGAAGGUGAAUUCACCCAUGAAAUGCAGGUCCGAUUCCGACAGGAAAAGGAGAAAGAGAAGAAGGUGGAGGCGUGGAAAGAGAAGUUUUUUGAAGAAUACCACGGGCAGAAGUCGGGUCUGACGCGGGACGAGUCCCUAAAGCUAACGGUCAGUGAAGCCAGUGAGGUGGCGGCCACCGUGCUGGAAGGCGACGCGGACGUGGUCUCGGCGGGCGUCCCCAAAAGGCGCACUGUGGGUCGGCGUAGGAGAGACGGCAGGAUGAGGAGGCGCACGCGGGCCGACCUGCGGCGCAGGGCCCGCCGCACCCUUUGCAAGGCCAGUCCGGCUCUGCCACCCAAAGAGGCGGACGCCGAAACGGUUUUGGACGUCGCCGCCGUCUCUGUGGACUCCCCCGUCCCCAGCAGCACGGAUGUUCAAGGGGAGGUGGUGCUCCACGUGGACUGUGGCGUGGAGCUUCCCGUCGAGAACACGGUGGCGGAACCGGAAGCCUCUCCUGCUCCAGAGCCGACCACACCUGCACCUCCCACUCCGGUUCCCAGUCCAAGUCCCAGUACAGCCUCCACCAGUGCAAAUGAAGAGCUGGAAGUGGCUCUCUCUCAGCUCCCCAAGGAGGAGCCACCUGUCCUGGCUUCCACCACCUCCCCAUCUUCCUCGUCCAGCUCCUCUUCCUCACCGGCCUCCUCUCCCGCCUCCUCUCCCUCUUCUCCUGAUCAGCAGGGAGCUUUUACCACCGGCCUGGACUCCUCGUCCUCUUCAGGGUCCUCCAGUGCCACGGUUCCUGCGGAUCACUUGGAUGACGCCGCCUCGGUGGUCACCUCUGUGACCGGGGGGACCGUCACCAGCAGCCGUGAGAGCAGUCCGUCAGCCAGCCCCGCCACCACCCCCAUGCUCGUCGGCCAGCUCAAGGAGCAGAAGAGGAGGCAGGAUGAGGUCGAGGCUUUCUCCAGCUUUCCCGAGAAAAGGGCACGUCUCAACGACCGUCGGUCCUUUCGUACCACAAUUGACAGCGUGUGUUCAGAGAAGCCGCAGCCGACAACCGAAGAGCCCAAGGUGCCACCUAUCCGGAUUCAACUUUCCAGAAUCAAACCUCCCUGGGUCAAAGGUCACCCCACCUACCAGAUCUGUCCCCGGAUCGUGCCCCCGACGGAAUGCUCGCGGAGGUCGGGGACGGGCGGCGCGCGGACUCUGGCAGACAUCAAGGCCCGCGCCCAGCAAGCCCGCGCCCAACGGGAGGCUGCUGCUGCGGCCUCUGCCGAGGGGGCGGGGCCGUCCUGUGUCCGGGUGUGGCCUCCUGCUGGGAUAUCGGAUAGCAGCAGCGAACGAAGAAGCCGAGAGCACCCAGGACCAGUCGAGCCCGGAGGAGGAGGAGGAGGAGGAGAUGGAGGAAGAGGAGGAGGAGGAGCCAAUGGGAGUGAAGAGCAGGACUUUUCUUCGGAGCCUAAUUCGUCUGGAACACAAUUACAGCUUCCCGAUGUAGAAGCUGCUUCCCACUCCUCUCCCUCGCCGUCCAACACCUCCGCCUCCAUGUCUCCACAAGUCAUCAGCCCUCAUCAGCAGAGACCAGGUGGGGAGACCAAGGUGGAGGAGACGGCCGACCCCCUGAGCUCCUCCAACAGGUUAACAGACAGCGAUUUACCAGCUCCUCCAGAGCCGGACGCUAAACCUGAGUCGUCGGCCAAGUCCAGCCCCGUGGCCGAGUCGUCGGCCGCCUCGCCUCAGACCGUCGACCCGGGCUGUGAAAAAGUUGCCCUGACCCAAACCUCCAUCCCAGAUUCCUUCCCCAGGUUUGGAGCUCAUGGUGUGGAUGUUCUUCAAACUCUGAGUGGUUCUCUUCAGGCCAAAGGCCAAGACAAGGGGAGGGAGGGUGGAGUGGGCGGGGUUAUCCAUCACAGCUCGCACCAUCUGGACCCACCAGGAGAACGUUCUCCAUCAGCCAAAUGGCCGACGGCCGCCUCUUCUCCGACGGCUCCUCAAGUAAAGGACGAAGAAGAGGCCGUCCACAGCGACUCCACAGAAACGGCUUCAGACUGUGAGAACGACAGCCAGGAGGAGGAGGAGGCGGCGGCGGCGGGGUAUCCUGACCCCAGCUGGAACGCCCAGCCGAACGGACAGCUGGUCAUCUGCAGCCUCCCCCCUCAGAACCAGCCGCCGCUCAUCCAGGCCUUCCUACCCAGCCACAAAGGCCAGACCGUCAUUCAGCCCCGCUUCCCCAAAGCUCCGCCUCACCUACCAGACAAUCAUACUCAAGACCGCCGCCAUCUUAGUCCUCCUGUUAAAGUGGAACCUGGAGAAGACGGCUCCAAAGAAAGCUCUGCUGAGGGGGAACUUUCAAAGUCUCCCAUCGCUCAGCCAAAUGGUUCCGCCGCCGCCAAGCGACCGCCUCAGUCCGCCAGAGCCGUGUCAUCAGUGGAGGCCAACAACCCUCUGGUGACGCAGCUCCUGCAGGGCAGUCUGCCGCUGGAGAAGGUCCUACCGCCACACUCCGCCACUCGGCUGGCCUUUAGCUUACUGCCGCCACAGAGACCCACAGAAGCGGCCCACAGGUCCGACUCCUCUGCUCAGUGUCCCACUCCAGAUUUGACUCGUAGCCUGAACAAGUCGCCCACCAGCCAUCGGGUCUCUGGCGCCGCGGACGUGUCGCAGCUGUCUGCCGUCCCCGUCAUCACCUCUCUGCCCUCCUCUUUGUCUAAAAGCACGCCUCUGGCCGCCGUAGAGUCCCGAGUUAUUAAAGAGUGCGGCGCUAACCCGCAUCAGCAGAGGGACGCUCCAGACAGGCUCCAACUGGUCGACCCCGCCGUGUCCAACGGCGGCGCAGCAGACAGCGCGGACGGAGCCGCCGGGGUCAAGCUCGGCGCUCCUCUCUCUCUGUCCCAUCAGAGAAAGCCGUCUCCUGCUCCGGCGGUGAAGAGCGAAACCGCUUCACGGCCUUCGUGCCAGGGCGCGGCCAAGUCCGCCGCCGCCGUGCCUAAGAAGGAGCCGGCCAACGCCAUGGACGGGUACCUGAGCGGAGGCGCCAUGGAGGGACUGCUGAACAUGGAGAUGACUUUAACCAGGAUAUCAAAGAAGGAGCACAGCAAAGCUCCGUGCUCCUCCGGCUCCCCCUCCUCGCUCUCUCCUCUGCCCUCCUCUUCCUCAGCCUCGCUCCCCUUCCAGCUCUACGGGAAGCUUCCUAAACAGGGCGGAAACGGGGGGGUAGUGAGCUACACGGCUAACGUGUCCAUGAUGGAUAACGGCGGUUUCUCGCGGGGCGUGGCUGAUGGCGUGCUCCAGCUGCGCCCUCGCCUGGCGUCCAGCCACACCACGCUCAGCAUCCAGGCCUUCACGGACAGUACGACGGAGGAGGUGGCGCUGAAAUGCUCCUGCCGCCUCAAAGCCAUGAUCAUGUGCCAAGGCUGCGGUGCCUUCUGUCACGACGACUGCAUCGGACCUUCCAAACUCUGCGUUUCCUGCCUGGUGGUCAGAUAAUGUGGAACCAGCAGCGUUACUGGGCAGCUCUGGGUGGGCGGGGCAUCCCAACUGCUCAAAUCUAACCUGUAAAAUAAGUUGCUCUAGUUGCAGAUUUUGUGAUUUUUCUUUUUGUAUUGUUUAUUAUUCUAAUUCUUCUUGUUGUGAAUGUGGGGCAUGCUUUCCUGUACAUUUGGCCAUUUACCUCAUCUUGUCUUGCUCCACUUUGCAUCGUUUGGAGGUCACUGUUGUUUUGAUUCUUAUUUGCUCUGCAAAUAGGGACUGACUGUUUGUCCAAAGAAAUAUUUUUUUAUCCAUUAAAACAAAUAAAUAAAAAUGGCUCC